GCUUUAACUAAGCGUGUAUGAGAGAGAGAACUGAAACUGAGAGAAAAAAAGAGAGAUAAUAACCUAAAAAAACCUUCUCGUGUGCCUUUAUUUUGAUACAGUUUGCACACAACAAUUUUAUUCAAAAAUGGCAAAAAAUAAAUUAAAAAAACAGUCAAAACGUCAACCGGCGAGACAACGCUACAAAAUCGAGAAACGAGUAAGGGACCACAAUAAGAAAAAACGAAGGGAAGCGAAAAAGAACCCCAAAAGGAACAAGCCCAAGAUGAUCCAGGUACCAAACAUAUGCCCCUUUAAAGAGGACAUCCUUAAGGAGGUCGAGGCAUUGAAAAAACACAAGGAGGAAGAGGGACAGAGACUUCGAGAAGAAGCCAAACAACAAAAACAGCAAGAGAAGGAAAAACAGAAGGCUGAGUUAUUAAAUGGGGGUUUGGAAUCUUUGGUUUCGAAUGCAGCCGCUAGAGGUCAAUUGCAUGAAACCCUCACACCUCACUCAGAAAACUCAAAAGAAUUUGACAAAAAUACCGAACAAUCCUUAAAACAGUACUACAAAGAAUUCCGAAAGGUUAUUGAAGCUGCCGAUGUCAUACUAGAGGUGGUAGAUGCAAGAGAUCCGUUAGGAACCAGAUGCAAACAAGUAGAAGAGGCGGUAAACAAAAUGUCUGGCAGCAAACGUUUAGUUUUAGUUCUAAAUAAAGCCGACCUGGUGCCAAGAAAUAUUCUGGAAGAUUGGCUUAAAUAUUUGAAAAAACGAGGCCCAGUUGUGGCUUUUAAGGCCUCAGUACAGAACCAGAAUAGAAACUUGGGACAAAGGAAAUUUAAUAAAUCUGAUAAAGGAUUGCAGGGCUCAGCUUCUAUAGGAACUGAGCUGAUUAUGUCCUUGUUAGGGAACUACUGUAGGAACAAGGGAAUUAAGACUUCCAUUACUGUAGGUGUAGUUGGAUUGCCCAAUGUAGGAAAAAGUUCCGUUAUUAAUAGUUUAAAGAGGUCUAGGGUUUGUAAUGUGGGAGCAACUCCAGGAGUUACUAGAGCAGCCCAAAUAGUGCAGCUGGACUCAAAAAUCAAACUUCUAGAUUCUCCAGGAAUAGUUUUUACGACCGGAAGUGACAGUCAUGCUUCACUAAGAAAUGCUGUCAAAGUGUCAGCCCUUAGUGACCCUAUCACGCCUGCAAAUGCAAUUUUGCAAAGAGUUUCUAAGCAACAGAUGAUGGAUUUAUAUGAUAUAACUGAUUAUAAUUCUCCUGAGGAAUUCUACAGUCUUAAAGCAGCCAGACAGGGAAAGUUUAAAAAAGGUGGUGUAGCUGAUUCAAUAGCUGCCGCCAAAGGUCUCUUAGAAGACUGGAAUAGCGGUAAAAUUCCAUAUUAUACAGUUCCUCCAGAAGAGGAAGACCAAGGAACUUAUAAAAUUGUAUCAGAAAUUGGCAAAGAAUUUGAUAUUGACAGCAUAGAGUUGAUGGAGACUGAGAUGUUGGAUAAAAUCAAGCAGGAUUCAAAAAAUUAUGGAAAAGCAUUUGUUUUAGAUAGUUUGGGGCCUGUAGAUGCUACAGAGGAAAAAAUGGAAGAGGAUAGUGUAGAAGACCAGUUGCUAAGUGAAAAUAUCAAUGUGGCAUCAAAAAAAAAGGUGCCUGUCCAGAAAACCAACACAGCAAGAUUGAAGAAAGCUGAUCCUGAAAUGGAACUAGAAGGAAACUUAAAGCUAAACAAACUAAAGAAAAAACAAUUUAAGAAGGAGAAAAAACAACAGAAUAGGAGAGAAAAAGUUGCCCAACAACUCUCCUCCGGCCUGGAGAACUUCACCUUGAAAAGUGACGAAAAUUACGAUUUUGAGGAUUUCAACAUGAAAUAAUGAAACAUAUUUUGUUGCCUUAUGAAAGUUUAAUAAUUGAUUAUGUAAGAUGUAAAAUGUAUAGAAAUAUACAAUUGUUAAUAAAAAAAACCUAUUUAACAGUC